GUGUUGUUCAACGCUCACAUUAGUUUUCUUAUAUUCUUAUAUUAAAUCAAAAUGUUUUCUUUAAAGCAUAAUUUAAUAACGAUUGCAAUUAUAAUUUUUUUAAAUUGUAGUUCAAGUUCAGCUACUAAUUAUAAUGAAGCUACUAAGAGAAUCAUAUUUAGCAAUUGCAUUGAUAACAAAACACAAGAUAUGGCGAUUACAGCUGCCGAUACUUUUCAUGGUACACCAGAAUUUAGAGAUGCAUACAAAGCAUUUAUCCCAGUCCGUGGAGGCGGGGACGCAGGACCGUUAUUUGCAUUUUGUUCCUAUUUUAGAGACAAAUGCAUUCAAAUUUUUGAACGUGAACUAAUUAUUACCAAUGAUGAAGGCCAAAUAGUGGUUUAAGAGGAAGAUGACUGCAAUAUGUUAUUAAAUUAAUUCAUUAUUAAUUUUUAAUUUGUCAAAUUUACAAAAUUUUAGUUUUAAUUA